AUGAAAAACCAUGAAACUCGUCCAGUUGGUACAACCCCAUUCCCAGAAGUGAAUGUGGCAACAUAUAAUGACCAAAGUGGAAGUCACGGACAUGGUCGUGGCUAUCAACGUGGGCGUGGUCAUGGUAGUCGUGGUCGUGGUCGUGGUCAUGGACGUGGUCGUGGACGUGCAUAUGGUAAGAAGUUGCAUGAUAAUGAAAAGAAAUCCAAUGAUGAAAGAGGUAAAAAGAAAAGUGGAACCUCAUCUAAUGCAUGCUAUCGAUGUGGUGGUAACAACCACUGGGCUGGUACAUGUCGUACAGCCAGACACUUAGUAGAGCUUUACCAACAAUCUAUAAAAGACAAACAAAAAGGAAUAGAGACAAAUUUCACAUAUGAAGAUGGAAAUGUUGAUGUCCCAAGAGGUGAAAAGGACCAUACUAAUGCAACUAAUCUAGAUUAUGAUGAUUUCCUUAUCGAGCAAGCUAAUUUGGAUUCUGGUGAUAUCUUGGCUGAUACAAACCAGUUGGAUGCUUGCAAUUUUCCCUAUGCAUGA